CGCGAUGCCUGAAAGCGAGAUGGCAAGCGUGGCUCAACCUGCCGAUGGAGGCGCCGCCCCUACCAAAGAACCUGCUGAGUCGCACGCUGCCGAGAAGGCUACUGGCUCUACCCAGGCCUCGGCUGGAAGGGCCUCCGCUCGCUAUGCCAGCGCGACCGCUACUUCGACUGUCGCCCGGACUGGCGCGCGAACUUCCGCCACUGUGAACAAACCCACACGUUCGUCUACCUCUGUACAUCGAUCCACCGCUUCGACGUCCAAUAUAGGACAUCGAAGCGCUCCCAGCGUCGGUGGGGCGGACGAUGACCAGAAACCUACCGCAAGAUCCGCGCGGAGGGAGAGUGCCAUAGUCACAGGCUCGGCAGGAGUUGGGGCAGACAAGAAGACCGGCCCUUCAGCCAGCGCCGUGGCGGCCCGUCGGUCUACUGUGGGUGUUGGUGCGGCCAGCCCGAAGCCAGUCGCCCAGCGGGCCAAACCGGGGACCUCCGACUCGCCAUCCGCGACUAGGGCAGCCGGCGUGACUCGAGGGACUGCCUCGUCCAAUGCCGCCGCCGAUGCGCGAAAGAGACCAUCCGCACCAAGCAUAGUAACCUCGGCCUCACGUCCAUCCACACGAACCUCGGUUCGAUCCGAGGCGCACAUCGACAGUCCCAAGCUUCUCGACGAAUUAACGUCCAAGCUGGCCGACAAAGACAAGGAGAUUGAAUCCCUCAAAGUCGAGCUGACUUCUUUUGAAACAACGGUGGCUGAACUUCGGCACAAACUGGAAGGCGAUGGCCAGCAAGCCGACGACGAGUCCAAGGCUGAGCAGCAGGAUGCGCCAGAUGACCCGAAAACUGAUUACGAUGCCAUCAUACGCGAUCUAGAAGCUCAGCUGCUGGAGAAGGCCGAGAAGCUCCGGGCCGUGGACGCGGAGCUCGCCGAGGCCGUCCGGGGCAAAGAUCAAGGCGGAGAGGCUCUCGAUUCUUUGCAGAAAGAGCUUGAAAGCUUGAGGCUCGAAAGUCAGGAGAAGCUCAAGGCCACGGAGGAUCAGUACGAGCAGACCAUACGUGAUUACGCCGCCCAGGUUGAGAAGCUCCAAGCCUCCGUUUCCGAUCAAUCAGAGUCAGACACAGCAGCUGCGGAUCUGCGAUCAACCUUGGAGGCCACCGUUCAAAGCCUCCAACAGCAGGUCGAUGAACUGACCGCUUCCAAGAAUGAAUUGGAAUCCAUCAUCGAGUCGGUCAAGUCUGAGCGUGAUGCGCUGACAGGCAAGCUUUCCGACCUCGAGAAUGAAAUCCUCGAAUUCAAAUCUCGGCUUGCAGCAUCGGAGGAGGCCAUCAAGACUGCAGAGGCCAACGCGGAGAGCGACAGGGCAUUGGCCACCAAGAUCCAGGGCGACUUGGCCCAACGAGAUGCGGAGCUCGAAUCGGCUCGCAAAGCGGAAACUGAGCUGCAGGGCACAAUCGCGGACUUGAAAGCUACCUUGUCUGCCAAGGAUGAUGAGGUUUCUGGUUUGAAGGCCAUGCACGACGAGCGCUUGAAGCAGGUUUCGCAAGACUACGAAAACGAGAUCGAAAGUCUCCGCGGUGAUGCCUUCUUCAAACGCCGUUUCGAGGAAUUGGAAAAGCAGCAUAACGAACUGCAGACCGCCAUGGCCGAGGAUUCGGAGAAGCACACAAAGGCCCUGGCAGAGUCCGAAGAGGGCCGACUACAGGCUGUCAACGCUCUCAAGGCCAAGGAAUCGGAACACGAGGAACAGCUGGCCAGCAUCAGAAGCCUUCAUACUCAAGAGCUGACAGCCGCCAAGUCGGAAGCCUUGGAUGUCCAGGCCAAGGAGCUUGACUCUAUUAAGGCUCAAUACGAGGAGAAAUUGCGCCUUGCACUGGCUGAUGGUGAAGCUUCAUCCGCUGAAUACUCCAAGACACUUCAAACUUCACAUGAAAAGUUGAUGGAAGACCUCAAGAGAGUACACGAAGAGGAAAGACAACAGCUACUCGCCACCCAUGAGUCACAUGCGGCAGCAAUCGCCAACCAGCACGCGUCAGAGUUGGCCGCGCUGCGGAAGGAACUUGAAGAGGCAACAACCCAGCUGGAGUCUACCAAGUCCGCCAGCCAAGAGGAGCUCGAGUCUUUGAAGAGAGAGCUGCAGGCGACACAUGCGGCCGAGGUUGAAAAAGUUGCCGCUGCGCAUACGGAGGCUACGAAUACCUUGAAGGAGGAGGGGCUCCGGGUGAGGCAGCAGUUGGAGGACCUCAUGGCCGCGCACAAGCAACUGGAGGCCGCUCUGGAGGAUUCCAAGGCCAAGAACGCGAGCCUGGAAGAGCAACUGUCGCUGCAAGCUGACACGAACGCAGCCCUUGAAGCCUCCUUGAAGGCGGCACAAGAGCAGAUGGUUGCUGUUCAAGCAGAAGCGGAUGACGUCGGCCAACAACUUGCCCUGGAAAAGUUGGAACGCAUGACCGCACUGGCCGAGCUGGAUGCCGUCAAGAGGCCUGAUGCAGCAGCCAUCAACAAUUUGAGGGCUGAACUUGCCGCAACUACCAAGACGUUCCAGGAUUCGUUGGCCGCUGCCAAAGCAGAUCUGCAGGCGUGUCAGGCUGAGUUGAAGACGGCCAGGGAUGACUUCUACCGCAUGGAGGAGAAGAUGCAGUCGCAAAUCAAGGAGAAGACGGCUCAGGCGGAUUACAACGACUUGAAUGACAGCAUGACUGCCUUGUUGGAGGAGGCCAACAAGAAGGUGAAGGAGUCGGAGAUGAGCGCCCAGCAACUCUUGAAGAAGCUCGAAGACGCAGAUGACAGAUACGAGCAUCUGCUGGCUCAAUUGAAAAUCAAGGAUGCCGAGCUGGCGGAGGCCGAGGCUCAAGCCGCUUUGUACAAAUCAAACAGAGCCGUCAACGCCAAUGCGGCAGGUGACGCAGCCGAAGGUGAGGAGGAGAACGACCACUCUUCCACGGCACUAGCUUUGCUCAGCAAGGUGAGGUUGACUGCCAAGCAAGUUGAUACGCUGGACCGCGAGAUGAGGGACCGCAAUCUACAACUUCUCAAUUCCAUCACGGACGUGAAGCUGUCUUCUUGA